AAGGAGAUCCUCAACAACCCAACAAGUCAAAGGUUCCCACCCCUAUUUAAGCAGCAGAUCCCAGCUGCAAGGAGACUCUCAUUAAGCCUCAUGGUUGAGUUGAACCUCCUGGCACAAUGGCAGUCAGCAAGCUCGUCAAAUACCUUCUCUUCAACUUCAACUUAUGGUUUUUCGUGGGAGGAAUUGGUAUUCUCAGUUUCUCUGCACUUGUCAGGAUCAACAAAGCAGCCUUCCAGAUCACAGAUGAGCUUCUUCCAGCCGUAAACCUCCUGAUUUUUGUCGGUGCCAUGACCAUGGCUUUUGGCUUCCUGGGCUGCUGUGGAGCUCUUCAAGAGAGCCUGCUAGCCAUUUUAUUCAAGGGCCUGCUGGUGAUGUUCCUCAUGCUGUUGUCUGUGGGAGUGUUGGGAGCCAUAUCGAGAACCGCAUCUGCUCAGGAGAUGUUGAAGGAACACAUGAAAGAUCUGCUACCGCUCAGCGAACAGCCGCAAGAUUUUCAGGUGUCGUUUCAGAUUGUGGAGGGGACCGGGUUCUGUUGCGGUUUCUUCGGUGGACAUCAUGAUUGGGGAAAUGCCAAAGCGGUGCCGCCCUCUUGUAACUGCAGAGACUUCACCAGAAACUGCACUGUUAUGGAAGAACGUAUUAUCUAUGCGACACCGUGUAUGACGUACUAUAUGACGUGGUUGGACAGGGUAUCAGUAACCCUUAUGGGCAUUGCGUUUGGAUUUGGAAUCUUGAUGAUCCUGGGCGUGAUUUUCUCAUCGAUCCUGUUCUGUCAGCUGCGUGAUGGAAAGAAAAGCUUCUUUCUUUCUUUCUAAAGUGUUCAUCACAACGGAAGUUUACCUGUGUUUAUCAAAGGACAAAGCAUCCUGUUCGUGUUGAAUGCUUUUCUACUGGGCUCUGCCUCAUUCUACAUUUAAUUUUUUUCAAACCGUUUUUCAACAAUUGUAUUUAAUAUUUUUCUAGUUCUCUACCUGUGUUUUUAAUUCUUGUUUUACUUUUAUGUAUGCACCACAACACCAAGUCAAAUUCCUCGUACGUGUAAACCUACCUGGUAAUGACCCUGUUUCUGAUUCUAAUACAAAUGUUAACUGUGGAAAAAGCUGUUUUAUUAAAUGUAAAUUGAUAAAU